AGAUACAGUAUGUAGUCCUUUUUCAUUAUUUGAUCUAUCUGUGCAGCCCAAUUAUAUAUCACCUAGGAAAUUUUUUGCAAUAUAAUCAACUUAAUUUGAUAUUACUUGAUAUAUGUACCUACCAUCAUAAAAUAAAGUCUCUGCUUAGAUAUUUAGCUUGCCAUAAAAUAAAACUGCAUCAUGAGUCUUUUUAGUAAAAUGUUUGGUGGGGGCAAGGGAGCCAAGCCGCCCACAGCAGCUGAAGCCAUCCAGAAGCUAAGAGAAACAGAAGAAAUGCUCAUCAAGAAACAGGACUUCUUGGAGAAGAAGAUCCAGGAUGAACUUAAAAUUGCCAAGCAGAAUGGCACCAAGAAUAAAAGAGUUGCCAUUGGAGCAUUGAAACGCAAGAAGCGCUAUGAGAAGCAGCUGCAGCAGAUAGAUGGCACACUGAGCACUAUAGAGAUGCAGAGAGAAGCUCUUGAGUCAGCCAACACCAACACAAAUGUCCUGCAAACCAUGGGAGAAGCAGCCAAGGCACUCAAGAGUGCUCAUCAGGACAUGGAUGUGGACAAGGUCCAUGACAUGAUGGAUGAUAUUGCUGACCAACAGGAUGUUGCUAGAGAGAUAUCUGAAGCCAUAUCCAAUCCUGUUGCCUUUGGACAAGAUGUUGAUGAGGACGACCUGCUAGCAGAGCUUGAAGAGCUGGAACAAGAAGCAUUGGAUGAAAGGCUCCUGGAAACUGGUGGCACUUCUGCUGAUGCCGCUGAGCUGCCUGAUGUGCCGACCGCCACGCCUGCUGUGCCUGCCAAGAAGAAGGUCCAAGAAGAGGAUGACAUGGCUGAACUGGCUGCAUGGGCCUCUUAAGCCAUGUUACUGUGAGUGGCUGCAUGGGCCUCUUAAGCCAUGUUACUACGUGCCUGCCCCUACUGCACGCCUGAGUGAUGCUCCGCCCUGCCUGUCCCUGUCGCUCGUCUUCGUCUCUUCUAGUCUGCCUUCUCUUAUAUUAGAAAUUCGUGUAUUUUGUGAUUCCAGGCAAUAUUCGUGUGUGAUUUUAUGUUUCUUCUUUUUGUUUGUUUUCUUACUCAUUGCAACACCACAGUGCUUUUUAAAACUUCUUGUUUGUAUUAUCAAAACUCCAACUACGAUUUUUUUUAGUUUUUUUUUUUUGUUUCUCUUCUCAUAACUUCUAGAAUGUUGAUUUGACUUGUUGUAGUUGUCUGAAAUGGUGUUUUCUAUUUUAUGUCUGCCUUCAAUGUAGGUUACUUUUGCUGCAGUGAAGAGAACCAUGAACGUUGUGAAGUUUCUUGAGCCUUUUAAAUAAAAGCCUUGAUUAUUUGACUUGGCCGAUAAGUAUUUGACAUUUUUUUUUUUACCGGCAGUCUGUUGCGUGUUGGUUGGUUCGGAUGCUGCUCCUUGGUUUCCACUAGUGCUGUGUGGUGUUCAUAGGUCAGACACUAUGAGAAUUUGCGCCUACUACUAUAAUAGUCUAUAGGCCGGCCUUGGUGUAGCGUAUUGCUGUGUGUCUCAUUAUGCAAGUUGCUAACUCGUCUCUACCGCGUCAUGGGUUGUUAUCGGGCAGUCCUCAUUCUCGCACGCCAGCGUAACAAAUGGAUGAUAUUGUCGCAGAAUUAUAUGUGUGGCUGGUUUAUGUCUCAAAGUAGUUUAUAAUACUUUAACCUAGUAAAUUCAUUCAUCAAAAGAAUGAAUUAUAGCAGUUGUUUCGCCCAAUACGAAUUGUCGCUUACUGGUAUUGCCUUCGCAGAAGAGGAAAGUUGCUAUGUUUGAGUUUUUCUCAACACUCAUGGCUCACGAUAUCACGAUAAAUUGGCUCAGUUUGGUUCCCGUUAACUUGGGGUCUGUUUUCUUGGACCAAGUUGCACAACACUUCCCUGAUAGUAAUUAGUGCUAACUCUUGUGUAUAUCAGGCAUCACUUCUGUACAUCGAGCCUAGCAAUGCCUACCCAGUUGCGGAGUGCCCCGCUCUGCGUCCGGCAUUGUUAAUGGAAUCGAAUUGCAUACCUUGUUGAAGUAUUAAGAACAAUUUUGUAUGGACGAUUUCAAUAAAGUAUGCGCUAGCUUCUGAUAAUGUAAGCAGCAAUUAAUUGCCUACUUGCACGCUUCUUUCGCAGGAACGGGACCUGGUAGAAACAUGAAUCGAAGUACAUUUUGACUAAGGCAUUGCAAUGUCAAUCGAACUGCCCACUCGAUAAUUUAUCCUCGUAUUCUCUCUCGUUCAUUCAAGAAUGAGAUCCUUACAAUAGAAAUAUCAGGUGAUACGUUUGACUGCUACUUGGCCAGGCCUUUCAUGUUAUUCUAAUAAUGAAUUUCGCACGGUUUCGCCCUCCGCCACGCAGGUACGUCGCUUGGAAACCGUCCUCUGUGUGUCGGGAAUCUAAUCAAGGACUCCAGGGAGCGGACUGCUGUCAAUCAAUAAAAAACUGAUGCGUUGGCGAUGCACUUGAAGUGCCAUGCUGUUGUUUAGUCCAUGUCAAUAGCAUUACCCGAUUACAUAUAAGAUAUAUAAACAAUAACUAGAUAUUAUUUGUGACCCAUAUACCUAUUUGCUGCGGUAAAUUUGACAUAAUAUUUUCAUGCUGUGUUAAUAUAGAUUGUUCGUAGAGGUAAUAGCAUAACGCUGAUUAAUACAUCACUUGCAUUCUCUUCUCUACAUUAACACAGUUCAGCCAUGUUCAGCGUGAAGCUGAAACGCGUCUUUAUGGGCGUUAUUUUUUCCCAUAUAACCAUUGAGCCUGUAUAAUUCGUUCACUAACCGGUAUUAUUGUUGGCUUGAUUCGAUAGACAAUAAGGCCGUGCAUUCUACCCAUUCCAUGAAGAAAUUAUCUAUGAAAUUAUGUAUUUCCCUAGCGAUAAUCUGGCUGAAUACAGUAGUAGAUUAUACAUUAUCAGAAUUACGUUAUCAAAUAAAAUUUUCAACAAAAUUCUC